GUUUUAGAAAAUUUGUGUAAACUUCUCUGCCGUGGUAACCCAGAGCAAGGGAUGCUUUUCACAUUUUAACAAGAUGAAGGUACUCACUGCAGCACUGUUGUCCAUCCUUCUGAUCACACAGCAGUGUUCGUGUGCUGUGAAUCCCACAGGCUGCGAUGCUGUUGAGCCUGUGGCUGCAAAAGCUCUGGACCUGAUCAAUAAAGGACGGUGGGAUGGCUACCUUUUCCAGUUGCUGCGGGUCGCUGAUGCCCACUUGGACAAAGUGGAAUCCACAACUGUCUACUAUUUAGUCUUGGAUGUGAAAGAAUCUGACUGUCCAGUCCUGUCCAGGAAGCACUGGGAUGACUGUGAGCCAGAUGUUUCUCGCCGUCCAUCUGAAAUAGUGAUUGGACAAUGUAAGGUAAUCGCUAUAACACAUCUGGCUGGAGCUGAAGAUCUUAGAGUGAAUGACUUUAACUGCACCACAAGUUCUGUCUCUUCGGCACUGGCCAAUACAAUAGACAGCCCCGUGCACUUUGAUUUCUUUGAGGAUACUGAGCUCUACAGAAAACAAGCUGACAAAGCCCUGGAGAAGUACAAAAGGGAGAACAGUGACUUUGCUCCUUUCAGAGUGGACAAAGUGAAGAGGGCUAUAAGAGCGAGAGGAGGGGAAGGCACUGGUUACUUCCUGGACUUCUCUGUGAGGAACUGUUCCAGUCACCACUUUCCCAGACACUCUCAUAUCUUUGGAUUCUGCAGAGCAGAUUUGUUCUAUGACGUGGAAGCCUCUGACUUGGAAACCCCAAAAAACAUUGUCACAAACUGUGAAGUCUUCAACCUUAAGGAACAUAGAAACUUCAGUGGUGUGCAACAUCAUUUGGGCCGUCCCUUCCACCCUGGUGAGCAUGAGCAUUCUGGAAGGCCUCCAUUUAAGCCCAGGGGAUCUAAAGAUCAUGGUCAUCCCCAUGAGUCACAUGACUUUAGAUGCCCACCUCCUCCAGAACACAAAAAUCACUCAGACAAUCCACCAUUUCAAGCAAGGGUUCCUCUACCAUUUCCCCCUCCAGGGUUAAGAUGUCCUCACCCUCCCUUUGGCCCCAAGUGGAACCACGGGCCCCCUCAUAACCCUAGUUCUGAUGAGCACCACCCCCAUGGACACCACCCCCAUGGACAUCAUCCUCAUGGACACCACCCCCAUGGACAUCAUCCUCAUGGACACCACCCCCAUGGACAUCAUCCUCAUGGACACCACCCCCAUGGACAUCAUCCCCAUGGACACCACCCCCAUGGACAUCAUCCUCAUGGACACCACCCCCAUGGACAUCAUCCCCAUGAUUUCUAUGACCAUGGACCCUGUGACCCACCACCACAUAGCCAAGGUCCCCAAGACCACCAUCGCCGAGGCCGUGGCCCACCACCUAGGCACCCCAAAGAAAGAGGUCCAGGUGACGGACACUUUCGCUUCCACUGGAGACCAACUGGAUAUAUUCACAGACUUCCUUCACUAAAGAAAGGUGAAGUUCUCACUCUUCCAGAAGCCAAUUUUCCCAGCUUCUCAUUGCCAAACCACAAUAAUCCCCUACAACCAGAGAUUCAGGCCUUCCCUGAGUCAGCCUCUGAAUCAUGUCCCGGGACAUUCAACACUGAAUUUCUACAUAUCUCAAAGUUUUUUGCAUAUACAUUGCCAAAAUAAAAUCUGAUUUCCUUGAUGGGGAAAAAUGAAUCAUGUCCUGAAUGAGAACCAGAAAUAAAAAUGUGACCAGUAAUGCAAAAUU